AUGGCAGAAGAACGAAAGCAAAAUUCAACUUUCGAUGAAAUCGAUAAAUUACUUGCCGAUGAAGAAUUUUGUCGAGCAGUAGAAGCAUUGAAUGACGAUGCAGACAUUACUGUUCACUCAUCAACACAGACGACACCGGAUCCUUUAAAUACUGCUUUUAUUGAGGAGACCAACCUCAAUGAACAUCAACAAAGUAAUUUAUCUCAACAACAAAGUAGUUUAUCUCAACAACAAAGUAAUUUAUCCGAACAACAAAGUAGUUUAUCUGAACAACAAAAGAGUUUACCUCAACAACAAAGCCAAACUAUAAAUGAUGCAUCAGCCAUCCUUCGUGAGUUGGCAGAGAUAACGACUGAACAUGAACAUGAACGGAUCGAUCAACCUUUACCAACAACAACAGCAGCAGGAAACUUGGUCGAAAUAGUUGAUCUAUCACCAUCAACAUCUCGUACGAUCGAUCUACGUACACCGACACCAACAACAAUCGAUCUUUCUACACCUGCACCAAUUACGAUCGAUUUAGAUUCACCUCAAAUACCAUCCAAUACUAACACUACGGACUCACCACUUCAUUUAAGUCCAAAAUAA